CGACUUUGCACAUACAUUGUCAAUUGAGCAACUUUUUCGAUCUCAGUUGUGCAUAGUGCGCUACUUACGUACACGAUGUCCAAGGCUACGGAGGAAGUAAAGGUUUCUAAGGGUAUCCUGAAGAAAUAUAAUGAUCAAGCACCACAGAAGAGCUUUCAGUGGGAUGAAACAAACAUUCAAGCUACUUAUCAUCCACCGGAUAAGACAUAUGGUCAUAUGAAAAUUGACGAACCGAAAACACCUUACGUUUUUGACUCUGAAGAUGGUUCUGUUGUUAAUGCUGGACCUACUUUUACUCCAGAGGAUUUGGCUUCUAGACUUUCUGCGGCUUCAAAGGAUCCUGACCUACAGUGGCCAUGUGCCACAAAACUCGACCAAGAGGAGGAUGAGAAUCAGAGAAAAUUUCGUGAAAAACGAAAACAACAUUACAAUGAAUUUUUGGCUGUAAAGCUAGCGAAAGAAAGUUUACAAAAUGAUGACGAAGAGGAAAAUAUUAAGAAGGAAGACGAAGAAAAAGAUGAUGAAGUUGAACAUAACGUUGAGCAGGCAAUAAUCAAUGCACGCUUAAAUGCUGAGCUUUCUCGUUUAGGUAGAGACACAGAGCAUCCAAUCCCUCAUAUUUCGAAAAAUCAGAGUUCUUCAAAUUCUAAUCUCUGAGUUUUUUAAUUCUUUCCUCCUUACUAUGUACAGAUAUUCCUCUCUACUUAGUUCACUCAGUUUCGGCCAUUUCAUGUUAUGGUAACAAUCCAUACUACAAUUAUUUGUGUCCUUUUAUUGGACAGUGUCCAUACACUGUCUUGGAACUUAUCUGUAAUAAGCUAUCACCACGCAGUUCGACAGAUAAAUUCAAAAUGUCCAUAAUUCUUUGAAUACGAAAUCAUAAACCAUCCCUACAUUGCAAAACAAACCAUUAUAACAGCUAAUUACAUUUGAUUUUUUCAAACUAAGAA